CCACCAGAUUAUGCCUUCCUUUUCAUAAGUUCGUAGCAAAAAACACAUACUUCCAAUGGACUCACUUUCUUCUACUUCUUACUAUACUCCUUACGCCGCAGCAUGGCUAGCCACGGUGGCGCUCUUCCUCCUAGCUCGCCGCCUCCGCCGCUCCCAAAAUCUCAAUCCACCGCCCGGCCCCAAACCUUGGCCUAUCAUUGGAAACCUCAACCUCAUAGGCACCCUCCCUCACCGUUCCAUCCAUGAUCUGUCACAACAAUACGGUGAAAUCAUGCAACUCAAAUUCGGUUCAUUCAACGUCGUUGUUGGAUCCUCAGUCGAGAUGGCGAAGGUUUUCCUCAAAACGAUGGAUGUCAACUUUGCCUGCCGGCCUAAAACUGCCGCCGGAAAAUACACAACCUACAAUUACUCUGAUAUCACCUGGUCUCCUUACGGAGCUUACUGGCGCCAAGCUCGUAAAAUGUGUCUAAUGGAGCUGUUUAGCGUUAAACGCCUCGAAUCAUACGAGUACAUCCGAGUGGAGGAGACGAAUUCACUCGUGAAAUCCAUUUUUGAAUCGGCUGGCGAGGAGAUCCCGUUGAAGGAUCUACUAUCGACGGUGAGCUUGAACGUGAUUAGCCGGAUGGUUUUGGGGAAAAGGUAUUUGGACGAAGAAUCAAAUUCGGUGGUGAGUCCGGACGAGUUCAAGAAGAUGCUGGACGAGUUGUUUCUGUUGAACGGUGUUUUUAACAUCGGAGAUUCGAUUCCGUGGAUCGAUUUCAUGGAUUUACAGGGGUAUGUGAAGAGGAUGAAGACCGUGAGUAAGAAAUUCGAUCGGUUUCUCGAGCAUGUUCUUGACGAGCAUAAUGAACGGAGGAAGGCCGCCGGAGAGAAAUUCGAAGCGAAGGACAUGGUUGAUUUGCUGUUGCAACUUGCCGAUGAUCCAAAUCUUGAUGUUAAACUUGAGCGACAUGGCGUCAAAGCUUUUACCCAGGACUUGCUCGCCGGAGGAACCGAAAGCUCCGCCGUAACCGUUGAAUGGGCGAUUGCCGAACUCCUAAAAAAACCAGAGAUCUUCCAGAAGGCAAUCGAAGAACUGGAUCGGGUGAUAGGCAAGGAUAAAUGGGUGAGCGAGAAGGACAUGCCUAACCUACCUUACAUCGAGGCAAUCGCGAAAGAAACAAUGCGGCUACAUCCGGUGGCUCCGAUGUUGGUUCCGAGAAGAGCUCGUGAAAACUGCAAAGUCGCCGGUUACGACAUUACUGAAGGAACUCGAGUGCUGGUUAGCGUUUGGUCAAUCGGAAGAGACCCUAAUUUGUGGGAGAAACCUGAAGAAUUUUAUCCAGAAAGGUUCAUCGGAAAAGAGAUCGAUGUUAAGGGUCAUGAUUUUGAGCUUUUGCCAUUUGGUGCAGGACGAAGGAUGUGCCCUGGGUAUAGUUUAGGGUUGAAAGUGAUUGAAUCAACCUUGGCUAAUUUGCUUCAUGGAUUUUAUUGGAAAUUGCCGAAGACAAUGAGUGAAAAUGAUCUGAAUAUGGAGGAGAUAUUUGGGUUAUCGACUCCCAAGAAAAUUCCACUUCUUACGGUGGCUCAGCCGAGGCUUCCGAUUGAGAUGUAUCGUUUUUAAUUGAGUGUGGGUAUGUUUGUAGUAGUUGCAUAAUGGGUGUUUAUUGAUAUCUUAAUGUUUUUGUAUGGUAAUUGGUGUUUUGAAAUAAA